AACAUUUUGCUGUCUUUUUGUUGUCGCAGUUUGCUCAAGUAAAGACAUCAGAAAUAAUGUGACCAACCUGCGGGUUCUGGAGAACUGCACUGUGAUCGAAGGCCACUUAAAGAUCCUGCUCAUGUUCACGACCAAACCGGAGGAUUUCCGUGGUCUGAGUUACCCCAAGCUGACUGUAGUAACGGACUACCUGCUCCUCUUCCGCGUUUAUGGCCUGGAGAGCCUCAGUGACCUGUUUCCCAACCUCACAGUGGUGCGCGGUAAUAAUCUCUUCUUCAACUACGCACUCGUGUUGUUCGAGAUGCUGCAGCUGAAAGAGAUCGGCCUUCACAGCCUGAUGAACAUCACCCGUGGAGCCGUGCGUGUGGAGAAGAACCCCGACCUCUGCUACCUCUCCACCCUUGACUGGUCCAUGAUCCUUGACUCGGUGGAGGACAACUACAUCAUGGCCAAUAAGAAUGAUCGUGAGUGCGGAGACGUCUGCCCUGGCACUGUUCAGGGCAAAACCACCUGCCCCCUCACCACCAUCAACGGGGACUUCAGUGAGCGCUGCUGGAACCAGAAGCAUUGCCAAAGAAGUAUGUUACCUAAAUCUCUUCUUUUUAUUUUAGCUUUGGUCCCUUAAACCAUCACACAGAAUGUAUGAAUCCUACUAAUUUUCGCCUCAUCAUCAGAUAAUCGUUUAAAAUUUCUGUUUUCACUUUGCGUAUUAGGGUAAUAACAUUUAUAUUACCAUAGAGUCUUGAUGUUUUGAGAAGUGAGUGGAAAGUUGUCAGGGCUCUGUGUGUGUCUGUCAGACUGUGCUGGCAGUACAUUCACUGGUUUUUUCAGCAGUAGAGACGGCCAAAAGCCACCAUGCUGGAAGCAACAAGUCAGGUGAUCAUCUGCAGUUAAGUAAGCCAAUUUCUGUGUCAGAGCAUGAAUCAUGAUGAUUAUGAUGCAACAGCACAGUGUUGUGCAGUAAUUUGGGGUGUGGGUGGUGCUUUGUAUUGGUGUUUGUUUUUUCACCUGACAGGAUCCGUUUGAGCGGCCAGUCGCACAUUAUGAGCUGGUCUGCAACGGAUGAAGCUGUAUGCAACAGUUUGUUCUAUCUAUUCAAUUUGAAGUGCUGAAGAGCUUGAGUUUUGAACAUACAGAAGAACUUUGCAUAUUGGUGCAAAGCCCUUGAGCUAGCACAAUUGCGCAACACAUGGGACACAUCAUGCAACUGUUCUUUGAGCUAGCUGUAUGGUGUCAUGUGUGUUUUGGAGGCAUGAUCAUGUUCUGUUUGGUAAUGACCUUUCUGCGGCCCCAUUUUAAAAAGAAAAGACUCUCCUCUCUAGCUGUGUUUGCUAAGACAGAUGUGUGCAAUUGGUUUGCAGGCAAAAAUCCCUUUGUUUUAAGUUGGUGAAGGGCCUGAGUCUCUAGUGACAAGAAUAAAUACAUAUAGGUUAGGUCUGCACGAUAAAUCGCAUGCAUUCAUCAUGCGCAUCUCAUGAGUAAAGCCGAUUCUGUGACUAGUAGUAAAUUAGGGGUGGGUAUCGAUUCAGAUGUUCCAGAUCGAUUCGAUUUCGAUUCACAAGCUCUCAAAUCGAUUCGAUUUCGAUUUCGAUUCGAUUUUCUAAUAGAGCUGUAAUCGGGCCUUAAAAGUUAAGCCCGACAUAUCCUGAACCUGACACGUACAUUUUGAUUGACAGCUUUUUAAAAGCCCGAACCCAUUUACAACCCGACAUUAUUCAAAUGUAU